AUGACGUCGGCGGUGUUCUCCAUGUUUCUAGGUAGCGUGUGGGUCAUGUAUUCCAUUGGGCUUUGGUACGGUGGAUGGAAGGCUUCGCACGGCAACACGACACCAGGUGAUGUGUUUGCCGCUUUCUUCGGCGUCAUGAUGGGUACAGGUUUGCUUGCACAGAUCUCUCCGAAUGUCACUGCUGUCUCCAAAGCUGCUGGUGCUGCAGAGGAGUUGUUUACUAUUCUAGACACGGCCAGUGCUCUUGACGCGGAAAAGGAAGGUGAAGAAAUCAUUUCCGAGACCUGCGAAGGAAAAAUUGAGGCUGUAACCGUCAACUUCGCCUACCCGAGCCGCCCAGAUGCUCAGAUCUUACAUAACUACAGUCUUACCAUUGAACCUGGCCAAAUGGUGACAUUUGCAGGUGCCAGUGGUGGUGGUAAGAGUACGUUAAUUGCUCUAAUCUUGCGAUUCUACGACCCGACCAGCGGCACCAUCUAUCUCGAUGGCCGAGACGUGAAGACACUAAAUGUAAGGUGGUUGCGCUCGCAGAUCGGCAUGGUGUCUCAGGAACCGGUGCUGUUUGCGAUGACAAUCUUUGAUAACAUUGCCCGGGCGCAGUACAAUACAAUGGUGGGCGAGAAGGGUGUAUCGCUGUCUGGUGGACAAAAGCAGCGAAUUGCCAUUGCCCGUGCCAUUGUGCGCAAGCCUAACAUUUUAGUGCUUGACGAGGCAACUAGUGCUCUGGAUAGCGCUCAGCGAAAAGCUUGUGCAGGCUGCUUUGAACAAGUUGAUGGCCACGACAAAAAUGACAACAUUGGUCAUUGCCCACCGUUUGAGAGUUUUGUUUUGCUAAAGCAACACGAUGCGACUGAAUUACGGGGAGUGGAGAGUAUGCCUGAAAGUACGAAUCUGAUACGCACAAUGAGUGGUGUAUCGACAAAGACCGACUCUUCUGUUAGUGCCGUGGAGAAGGACGUUCUGGACAAGAAGCCGUUCAGUCUGACGGAUAUCGCUCGCUUGUGCAAGCCGGAACUCAAGUUCUUUAUCAUUGGACUGAUUGGCGCCUGUGUUGGAGGUAUUGCUAUGCCGGCCUCUGCGUUGCUGAUUACAGGAAUGAUUACAUCUAUGACGGAGAAGUACGGAUUCAUUAUACCAAGUAGAGGAGAGACAUAUCAUUUGAGUGAACUAUACGACGACGUAGAGUUGUAUGGCAUUCUUUAUCUGAUGGGUGCGGCAGUGAUUGCGAUCUUUAUGAAAGAAAAUGCUACAGGGGCAUUGACGGCUGAUCUUGCCACGAACGCAACGAAGGUUGCAUUGUUAUCCGGUGAUUCGCAAGCGCGUGUGUUCCAAGCCAUAUUUACUCUAGCCGCAACGCUGGUUAUCUCAUUUGGCUUCGGUAGCUGGCUACUGUCCCUUAUCAUGCUGCCUAUUAUGCCUUUCCUGCUCUUCGGACACGUCGUGCGCAUGAAGCACAUGCAGUGCGGUGAUCUGAUCUUGGCCGGCUUGGCCGUUCCUGGUGCUCAUGCAUCCGAAGUUCUCAGCAACAUUCGCACAAGACGCUCUGGGCAUCGAGCAAAAGUCAGUGGAAGUGUUUAA